AUGGCAACAACAAUAACAACAACGGCAACAACGGUAACAAUAACAACAACAGCAACAACGGUAACAAUAACAACAACAGCAACAACGGUAACAAUAACAACAACAGCAACAACGGUAGCAAUAACAACAGAAACAACGGUAACAGUAGCAACAACAAUAACAAAAU